AUGACUCAACAACCAGACUUUAGUUGGAUGGUUCCCAUUGAAGUGAUGCUGGGCUCACUCUACCACGGACAAGUCCAAGCCUGCAGCAUCUCAAGCGUCACAGACGAGCUUCGAGGCCCAAACAAAGCAGCUUUCAAGCCAAAGGAAGUCUCCAUAGGACCCUUACACAGAGCAACCACGAGGCACGUGCAACUAAUGGAAGAGACCAAAUGGCGUUACAUGCGUGAGUUUCUCGACAGAAAAGGCACGCAGGAGCAGAACAGAAGAUCGGAGCAGAGGCUCAGAGAGUGCGGCACUGAUAUCCUCAAGCUGGAUAAGAUAAUCAUGGCAAGCUAUGGAGGUAACAUCGAAUCGGAACCGCGAGAGUUGGCUAAAAUAAUGAUUGUAGAUGGUUGUUUUCUGUUGGAGCUUCUUAUUAGGCUUGGUGAUUUUAUAUGUAACAGUAGCAAUAGUACUAAUAGUUAUGCAAACGACCCUAUACUAAAAAAUAAAGAGAAGGUGGUGUCUGUUCUGAAUGAUAUCACAAUGCUUGAGAACCAAAUUCCAUUCAUUGUUCUCAAGAAGUUGUAUAGGAAGGUCUUUCCCGAUUCCAGUGACAUCAACAACGACCACCGGGCUGCUGAUAUCGUUCGCAAGGCCUUCGGUUACGACGAGGUGAAAAACCCUGUCCACAUACUUCACUUGAUGCACUUGUCCACGGUGCAACAGAGCCAGCAAGAGGGUAAACGCGUGAAGCAAGAGCUAUUGCGCUGUGCCAAGAGGCUUCAAGCUGCAGGAGUAACAAUUGAAGCUGUAAACACCACUUCUGGUCAUGAGUUGGUGGAUUGGUUCAACUUUGAGUUAAAUUUCAGUGACAGUGUGCUGCGGAUCCCACGGCUGUAUGUUAAGGACACUACAGAAGUGAGGUGGAGGAAUUUGAUCGCGUGGGAGCAGAGCAGAAUUUGGAUAACAUGUAAAUACACUUCGUAUGCUCUUUUCUUCCAAGGUUUGGUUUGUUGUAAGCAUGACAUUGAGCUGCUUGAGAAGAAUGGGGUUAUAGUGAACAAGGCCGGGAAGAGCAAGGAUGAACUUCUGAAUUUGUUUCACACGAUUACGAAGGGAGCAGAACACAUGGAUUCGAGCUAUAGCGAAAUUUGUGAAAGGUUGAAUGGGUACAAAGGGGGAAAAGUCACAACUGCAUUUCAAGGAUUGCCUGUGGUCACUUGGCACAAGUGCAGGCAUGUUUUUCAGAUCAUUGCAUACUAUUGGGGAAACUGGUACAAAAUUUUGAAACGCGAUCAUUUCCCCACGGUGUGGAAAUCCAUAGGAGUGUUAGCGGCUGCUGCACUUCUUGUUCUCACUAUUAUGCAGACCUAUUACUCAUCCCGCAACAAUGACUGA